GUUCGAUCGCGAUAUCAAGCGUAAACAGUUUGUUGCUAUGCGUUUGUGGAGAUUGUGAAAUCUGUCUUAUCGUAUGAAAAUUUCAAGAAUCUUACAUUUAAACUGAUAAGAAGGAUUUUUGUUAUUUCCAAAGUUAACAAACCUGAAGAAGAUUCAACAUGGCACCAAAGAAGAAAGGAAAGUCGGCCAAGAAGGGAAAACUUGCUAAAAUGACAGAGGAAGAAAGAAUAUUAUAUCUUGAACAGAAAGAGCUUGCAGAGAAGGAAAUGCAGAAAAAGAAAGAGGAUAUGCUUAAUCAAUUUCUAAAGGAUAAACUUGUGAAAGAGGAGAGGAAUACCCGGUUCAACAUGUACAAGAUUACUCACCAGUGGAGAAACAUCAUGCGUGCUGCUAAGUCAAGGGAACUCAAGAAUGAUAUUGAGAUUCUCAGUCAAACCUUUGAGCGUGUGGUGGACAGGAAAGACAGUGUCAUCAAAUCAUUGGUGAAAGACCUGCAGGAAGCAGAAGAACAGUAUGCCAUGGGGCUAAGGAGUCAUCUCCAGAAUAUGGAUGGACUUGUUGACCUUCAAAAGAGCAGACUACAGAUCCUGAAAUCAGAAUAUCUUGAUGAGCUGGAGAUCCUGAAGAAAGAAUUUGACACAGAGAGGGCGCUGAUCAUUGAGCAACACAAACGAGAGCUGAAUGAUCUCCAAGACAUUCUCUUUGCAAUGGAGCAAAACUGUACUGAGAGAGAGAAUGAUGCAAGACAGGAUUUCCAGAGUCUUAGAGAUGAAAUCAAGAAUAAGAACCUGGAAGAGAAGCAUGCAUUGCGUCUCCAGCUUGAAGGCCAGGUAGAAGACCUCUGGGCCCAGUUUCAACAAGCCCUUAAGAGCUACCAAGAAUCAACAGAAGAAAGAAAGGCUGCCUUUGAAACACUCAAGGAUAAAGAUGAGAAGAGUGCAAAGGAAAUUGAGAUGCAGAUGCGCAAAUUGCAAAGAAUAUCAGACAAUAUUGCAUCUCUUAAAGCUAAGAUGUCCCAGAACUCAAGAGAAAGUGAAGAGAGAAAUCGAGAUUUGAGAGAGCAGAGGGAGGUUAUUGCUCAACAUUUCCAUGAACUCAAAAGCCAGAUGAAUAACUUUCGGGAAAAUGAAAGAUCAAGGCUAACAAAACUGACAUUAGAAAGCAAUGCGUCUAUCAAAGAAGUGAAAAGGAAACUUGACAUGGGUGAGAGGAUAUUGAAGUUGGCAGAGAUGAGCCGCAAACUGGAAACUGAAGAGGAGAAGGUUCUUCCCUUCUAUGCAUCCAGUUUAACAGCAGAAGAACAGGAGGAUGUUGCUGCAGCAGUAGCAGAACCCCCGUCAGAACAACUUGCAGAGAUCAUGCAUGAAUACCAAUCCCUGGAGAACUUCUGGAAGCGCUAUAACAAGGCCCUCCUGGACAAGGUUGCCUUGGAUAAGGAGCGAUCCACCCUUACGAUGGAGAACCAACGUCUCAGGACUGUCCUGAAGCAGUAUCUUGAUGGUAUCUCAGUGAAUGAUGAGAUCCUCAGCCAAGUCAAUCCACUCUUUGUUGUCAACCAGAAGACCAAUGCUCCGAUGGCUGUACCUAUCAUGGACCCAAGAGUGCAACGACCCACUCAGACAGUAGUGGAGGCUGCACAUGUUAUCAAACACACAAUCUAGAAUGGUGCAUUCUUCACGAAUGAUAUAUUCAAUGAAAAAUGUAUUAUAAAUUCAAGAGGGAUGUUUUUUAGUUCCUUUUUGUGUUCUUGAUUUAUACAGAAGAUGCAGUAAUGCUGAGGUUUUCACUAAAGAGAAAAUAGAUUUACAUGUAAUGCAACUUCUCUGUUGUCAUUACCCAGAAGGAGUUACUGUAUGUCCGUGCUAAACUUGGGUAUUUUCAUCAAGAACUCUUUAGCCUUCAAGCUGAAGAUUGAUGUUUGGUGUCAUAUGUAGACUGUAUAGUAUGCUUUGUGUACGAAGUUAGUGAAGUGAAGCAAUGUGAGGCCACUAAGCAUUACCAAACCCAAUACACUGCAUAACUUAUGAACUGUUUGUUACAAUAAUUGCCCCCAAAUUGUGUCUUUUGACAGAAUAGUGGACAGGCAGUGUACUGUGAUCUGUAUAUCGCAGUAUUCCACUCCAUCGAUUUUGUAGGCCCUUAACACAAAGGCAGACUAUAAUAGCAUAUUUAUGUGGCGGUCCACUAGUGAACAUGUGUAUCAAAAAGUCUCAAGUAAAAGUGAGGUCAGCCCACUAUUUGUUUACACCAUGAUUUACUCUUAAUGCAAAAAUAUUUUCAGUGUAUUCAUCAUAGUUCAGGGUUUUCAUUACUUGUAAGUUAAAGAGAAAACAUUGUUUUGGCGAAUAAAAAAACUAGUUUCCAUCAAGCAACAACAAAAUAUUUUAAAUUAGUAAUCUAUUAAGACUGAAUACAGAUAGUGUGUAAGCAUUUAACUUUUUACAUGAUCAUCAAUGAAAUCACUCAAACUCAAAAGAAAUAUAUUAUUUUUUAAAUAUCUUAUAAUAUCAUAUUUGCAAGAGAGUCACAGUUUCUAUUUAUCAGACUAUUUCUUAUUUAUUUAUAUGAAUUACACAUACAAAUAUUGAUAACUUAAUGUGAUUAAUUUCCGUUGCUAUUAUGUGUAUAUUAGUUUACUUCAAUCUCAAGACUCUGGAAAACCUAAUGCAAAUUUUUAUGUGGAAGGAUUUUUGAAUGUUUUAUGUGAAUUGAUAUACAUGUAUAUAGAGACACAUAUUAAAAGAUGAUUGUAUAG